CUAUGCUAUUGUUCAAUGACCUGAUUACUGGCCGACGAUCGGCCAAACCUUAUUAUCUCCGGCACAGCCGCCCCCCGAGUGACGUAGCACGCACAUGACCUACAACGCUGCCAUCUGCUUGGAAUCACCCAUCACCCAAACCCCCCUCAUGCGCUUACCACUGCUAUCAGCUAUAGCAGCACUAUUCACCUCUGUACCCGUGACUUCUAGCAGCAACAUCACUCGCUCAGCCUCCAGUAUGGUCCUCGAGACGGGUAAAAUGAAUGUCCUCCACGGCCCUCUUCAACCUCUGACUCGAUCUGGUGAUUCGACUCACCCGGCUGGAUUCAUGAGAGAUGGAACGUGUUGGGGUCUAAGCUCUUCCGAUGAUCCAGGUCAACAUUAUGUCGGAGCUGUGGUCAGCAAAGAGUUUCUAGAAUUCAGCAAAGCCAGAGGGAACGAUCUGACCAAUCGAACACCCUACUUCCCCGGGCUGAAAGACGGAUGCAAGUGGUGUCUUUGUGUGGCUAGGUGGAAGGAGGCCUUCAUGGCUUCAUCGGAAAUGGGAGACAAGAUCGUACCAAAGGUGAUACUUGAUGCGACGGCAUAUGAUACUCUCAAGCAGGUCAAGAUUGAGGAUCUGAAGAAGUUUGAAUUCAAAGAUCACCAAAGGGCAGAGCUGUGACGUGGGCAUAACUGUACUGUAUCAUUAGACCAUUCUCGAUGCACCAUUGCGAUACAUCUGUGGAGAACGAGCACACGCCCGUAGGUCUGGAUGUAUGAU